AAUAAAGCGACGGUUUUAUGUCAAGUUUCGUGAAAAAGCAACAGGUUUGAUUUAGAUAAAAACCAAAGUAGAAGUUAAUCGACGGUUCUUGCGGGAAAAGGAAAUGAGAUUGGCCCUGAGAGUGUUUGUUUGACACUGAUGAUUUUUUUCCCGGGCGAUGUUCGAUGGAUGUAGAAAAAAAAACGUUACAUUAAUUUCGUUUUAAAAGUGACGAAAGAAAGAUUCGGCCUGAUGGGGCAUGCAAUAGAGCACAAAGUUGGACGGGACAAAUUCAUCAUGAAAAGUACAUCCUACAUGGUGGCCUCUCCGUCCUUUUGAUGUCUGAACAGAGGUCGAUGGACGUCCGGAAUCCUCCAGGAACUCCGGAGCCGAAGCUGGACGAUGCAGACGGGGCGGAAACGAACAUCGGACACUUUGCCGGGCAUAAGCGGAAUAGUAAAGUGCUAUGGGAGAAGGCAGUUCGAACCGUUUCAAAAGAGCGGCGCCGAAACCGGCUAUCCAUAAUAGCGCUUUCCCUAGUGGAUAAACCCAAGUUCCAAGACAUUGCCAUUACUUUAACGCCCCCAUCCUCGCCCAAAAGCUUCACAUUGAACAAUCUGAACGAGAAUUGCAACAAUUGGAAUAACGAGAAGCAAAACAACAAAUUGAACAACGAGACUUGCAUACCGAUGAACAUCGAUGCCACUCCACACUCGAACGGAUUGUAUGAUGAGAAAUGCGAUUUGUAUAAUGAAUAUUUCACGCAGGAUAAGGCUUGCUUUGAUGAACUCUGCGAACCAAAUGAUAAACCCGACUUUGCUUCACUGUUCAAAAAGGGGCUCAUGUACAAGGGCAUCUACUGGCCCAGCUUGACCAACAGUUUCCAGUGCAACCAUCUGGAACUCGCCUACUUGCGAUACUCUCAUCGGCAAAGACAGAAAGCUCUCAUCAUCGUUAAUAUUGUGGAUCUUCUUCUGAAGGUCGCUUUGAUCAUUGUCUGGGCCGGAAACGAGCAGCACGUAAUUCUGGACAAAUAUACCGAUGAAAUUAUCUGGUCGGUUUGCUGUAUGUCAAUUAACAUAGCCGUAUGUGUCUUGGGCUGGUGGAGAUGUUUUGCUAAUAACUAUUUGCAUUGGGCCGCUGCCUGUACUUGGCUGCUCCUCACUACUCAAAGUGUUGCCAGCGACGGAAUAGGAUUUGGGCUGAAAGAGAGCCUGGUUUGGUACGUUUUGUUCAUCGUUUUCGUGUCCUAUGCAAUGCUGCCUCUUCCGCUACGAUGGUGCAUAAUGGCCGGAUGCAUUUCCGCCUUGAGUCAUGUGAUUUUGGUCUCAGUGCGGAUUUUCUACUUUGGCAAGUACGAGUUAGACGAAGAAGAUUCUUGCAAAAUCAAGCGAAUAAUCGCCAACGUCAUUUUGUACAUGUGCGUGAAUUUUGCGGGCAUGUACACAAAAUAUUUAACCGAUAGGAGCCAGAGGAAAGCUUUUCUGGAAACCCAUCGCUCUAUGGAAAUGAGGUACCGAACCCAGGCGGAAAACGACAAGCAGGAAAAACUUCUCUUAUCAGUUUUGCCGGACUUUGUGGCCAAAGAAAUGAUCAGGGACAUUGAGCGUGAAGAGCGCGGCGGUCAUUUCCAACCGCAUCAAUUCCACAAAAUCUACAUCCAUCGUUACGAGAACGUCAGCAUUUUAUUUGCAGACAUUAAGGGCUUUACUGUUUUGGCUACUAAAUGCACUGCCCAGGAGCUGGUGAAAAUCCUGAACGAACUUUUCGCCCGUUUUGAUAAACUGGCAGCUGAGAAUCACUGUUUAAGAAUUAAACUCCUGGGGGAUUGUUACUACUGUGUUUCCGGCUUGCCAGUUCCCCGAUCCGACCAUGCUCAUUGCUGUGUGGAAAUGGGCUUGCACAUGAUCAAAGCCAUUAGGGAUACCCGGAAUAAAACGGAGGUCGAGGACUUGGACAUGCGAAUUGGAAUUCAUUCUGGUUCGGUUUUAUGCGGAGUUUUGGGCUUGAGAAAGUGGCAAUUCGACAUUUGGUCGUACGAUGUUCGCCUGGCAAACCACAUGGAAUCUGGAGGGAAACCAGGCCAAGUUCACAUUUCUGAGGCAACUUUCCACUGCCUCAACGGCGCUUAUGAGGUCGAACCAGGCAAUGGUCAGGACCGGGAUUCUUACUUAAAAGACAACAACGUGACGACCUAUUUAAUCAAGCAAUGCGAGCCCAUGCCGCCUCGAAGACGGCUGGCCUCCAGGCCAAGCAUUUUCUCCAAUAAGCUCUGGCCAGAGGAGGAAAUGGUCAGCAAUCUGAGCAUCCCGAAGAGCCCGAGCUUUCCUUCCUCGCAACCGCCCUCAAGAGAAAGAAGCGACAGCGGCAUUCAACAUAGCGCCAUUGAUGAUGAAACUACUACCGACUGGACUCCGGAAAUUCCCUUCGAAAAUCUGCACAGAUCAAUCUCUGCAGACCUGGACGAGGCUCUAGAGCCGAAGGGCAAGCAGAAGUACGAGCUGAAUGCCCCAAAGAAAGUCUUCGCUGAACAGGUGGACGAUAUAAUCGAUCACAGCAUCGAAAUUGAAAGCAACAAGCGAAUGAGAAGCGCCAACGUCAAUCCCUGGACCUUAAGAUUCAUUGACAAAGACAUGGAGUACCAAUUCAGCCAACUAAGGGAAGACAUGUUCAAGUCCAACAUGCUGUGCUGCUACAUUAUCUGGCUGUUUAUUGUGAUAUCGCAAUUCGUCAUCACAUUGUCCCCGUUGGUGAUUUGGCUGAUGGUAAUCGUCACCGUCUUCCUCACGGCUGCUUCCGUUCUGGUUAUGGCCGAAGAAUUCCACCAGUUCCCCCAAUAUCUGCAAAAAAUCUCCUCCACUUUGGUCCACAAUCGCAACACGAGAACAGCCUUCAUUUGCAUGGUGAUAAUCGUGAUGGCGCUGAGCAGUUCGGUCAGUCUCUUCAAAAGCUAUCCGGCUGGAUGCAGCGUCAGCGACGAUCCAGCUAAUGAUACUUCAACCAGUGCCACCACUGCGGCUCAAGUGCAGGCUGCAUUGCUGCUGCAGAAAACCGUAGUCGAUGUUCCAGAGAUCGAGGUGAAGAAUCUCGAACAAGAGCUAACGCUGAAUUUGACUUUGAGCGCCAAACUCAACACGGGGAUCACGUUGAAGAACGUGAAUUGCACCGGGGAAUGCUUGAAAGCCUUUGUUGAUAAGUUGCACUAUUUGUUCUCGAACGAUUCCAGCGACACCGUGCUCAAGUUCAGCAGCUCAGAGAGAAAUAUUACGCAGAUUUUGCUGGGGAAGCGCAAAAAACGCUCGUUGAACCGACCGGGAAACCUUGAUAGAAUCGAUGCGAUUUUGCUCAAAAGAAGCCACUCAUCCAAGCCCCCAGUUGAACAAAGUAGACCGAAGAGAAGUGUUACAGUUUCAAGCGAUUUGGAAACGACGACUUUUUUAGCUGAUGUGACCUUUGCGGAGCCUUGCAGCGACUCUUCCUACUGCAAACAUCCAGAAUACAUUGUCUUCACAUGGGUGCUCUGCAUGAUCGCUCUGGCCACUGCUCUGAAGCUCUAUUAUUUAGUGAAACUGAUGCUGACAUUGCUGAUGGUUGGCGUUUACACUAUUCUGAUCUUGGUGCCAUACAAACCGUUCUUCGACCAAGUGAACGCCAUUGUAACCGAUGGAGUCGUCACUCCUCUAUCAGCUCAAAUGCUGAUUCUACUGGGCGUUUUCCUAAUAAUGGUCGCAUAUCACGCCCGGCUGGUUGAAGUGACGUCCCGCUUGGACUUUUUGUGGAAGCAGCAGGCUGAGAGGGAAUUAGCCGAUAUGGAGGAGACCAAGCAGAAUAACAUGCAGCUGCUAACUAAUAUUUUGCCCGAUCACGUUGCUCAGCACUAUUUGUCUAAUGAUCGAAACAGCGAUGAAUUGUUCUCCCAGUAUCGGGAGAAGGUUGGAGUGCUUUUCGCCUCUAUACCGAAUUUCACUGAUUUCUAUUCGGAAAAAAUCAACAAGGGAGUGGAGUGCAUAAGACUGUUGAAUGAAAUCAUCGCUGACUUUGAUGAGCUUCUAGACGAAGAUAGAUUUAGUUCCAUUGAGAAAAUAAAGACUGUUAGCGCUACCGCCACUUACAUGGCUACUUCUGGACUAAAUCCCACCCACAAGGACUCGGAUAAAAGCAUAGACAACACUGAACAUCUGUGCGCUUUAGUGGACUAUGCCAUGGCCAUGAAGGACAAACUAGAAGACAUCAACAAGGACUCUUUCAACACCUUUGGACUCCGGAUAGGGGUGUCUUGUGGCCCUUUGGUAUGCGGAGUAAUCGGAGCUAGAAAGCCGGUGUUCGAUAUAUGGGGCGACACAGUCAAUUUGGCGUCCCGAAUGGACAGUACCGGUGUUAUUGGACACAUUCAAGUACCCAAAGACACUGCCCAGAUGCUGGAGGCCAAAGGAUAUCGAUUGCACAACCGGGGUAUCAUCAAUGUUAAGGGAAAAGGGCUGAUGGAGACCUACUUUGUGUUGGGAAGGCAAGUGUCCCGACCGGCCAGUUUCCAAAGACAAGCGAGUAAUUACAGUACAUUGGCGGCGGUCGUUUAUGCCUUGGCCCAAACUAGGAAAAAGCACACAGGAAACACGCCUGGAAGUGCCGUACUGGGCAGGGCAAGAACCCAAGGAAAAAGCGACAUCACCCGAAAAAUCAUCAACUACAGUUCGAUGAGGAUCACGAAUAAAUCCUCCGGAGGUCCAGUUCGACGCAACACCACCAGAGGAAACCACAAGCAAAUGCACGCUCGAUCCCAGCCGAAUAUGCGGCAACUCGGGUCGCAAACUCUGGACAAUAUGAAAUCGAUUAAGUCCAUUGAUCGGGACAUUACCACUAAUGCGAUCAGCCGCAUGACUGUGUCCCAGUCGGCUCCCCACACCCCAGUUUCCUCCUCAAACCACUCGGACUGUUUGCCAUUCAAGUCGGUGCCAAGAUUGCUAUCGGAGCCCAUAGUGAAUAGGUCGAGAAGUUCGCCCAACUCCUCCAGCCAGAAGCGCUCUCUAAAGGAAACGAACAAAGCGAUGGUGGUGGAGGGCGCCGCCCUGGAAGCGUCCGACUUCAAGACGAAGCGAUCUGAAGCAAUCGCGCCGGUUCAUUCGCCCAAACAUGCCCUCAGAAGGGACACCAAGUUCUCCCUGAGGAGCCCGUUAGGGAAACGGGACGCCCGAGUCAAGCUGGAAGGGAACAAGCUGAACAAGGUUCAUUCCUUGGAUGGCACCCACGUUUAAAUGUCUAAGUGUACGGAAUAUGUGGCAAUUUAUUGUUUCCAGUUAGGAAUUUAGUGUAUGUCUGGUGAUAAUAGAUCGAGAGAAUUUCUUAUCAGAAUUAGCUCUUUCAAGGUG